AUGAGCUGUCCUGAUUGCAACAGAGGUUCGAUCCUCGCCGGCAAGCCAACGGGCUCUAUUGUCAAGGUCAAUGGAACAGACGCUUAUUUCGCACCAUCACCCCCCUCGGAAAGUGCGCAAUCGGGAUCCAAUGGCUCCGUUGCGGUGGUCCUGCUCUCAGACGCGUUUGGCCUCCCGUUGGUGAACAUAAAACUCAUUGCAGACAAACUUGCAAGUGACCUGCAAUGCGAUGUUUGGGUCCCCGACCUCUUCGACGGAGCUCCCCUUCUCAGAGUCGAGGGGAUGGAAACCCAGCUACUGCCAGACCGCCCUGGCUACUCGUCGCUUUGGGACAGUUUCCGUCUCAUAGCAUUCGUUAUAAUCCCUCGCAUUGGCACCAUUCUACGAAGCCGCCCUUCUGUUGGUGACUUUCGCGCCAAACAGUUCAUUACAGCCAUUCGCGAAGACAAGAAAUACCACAAAGUCGGUGGUGUCGGAUAUUGCUACGGUGGCGGUGCGGCAGUACGUCUUGCCACGACUGUCGACUAUCUGGACAGCGCCGUAAUAUGUCAUCCUGCGAUAAUCUCGAGCAACUCGAUUAAGGAGAUUAAGAUUCCCAGCUCGUGGGUGUGCGCAGAAGAAGACAGUUCGUUCUCCAAGACAGCACGAAUGCGGGCUGAAGCCGUAUUCGCAGAACGCAAGGACAGCGGAGAUGCUGUCCCGUAUGAAUUUGUCGAUUACAAAGGAACGGUCCACGGUUUCGCAUGUCGUCCGAACUUGGCUUUUGAAGAUGUCAAAGUAGCGUUUGAGAAAAGUUUGGAGCAAACUGCAGCUUGGCUGCGGAAGACGCUCAAUGAGUGA